GUCAAUAAGGACAGAAUUUCAGUGGCAAUCAGUGACACUUCGGUCUAAUGACGUGUAUCAAUCUUUUUGGGUGAACAACGAGACAUAAAAAAUGAGGGAUUUUUUAAUUCUUUUAUUCUGUGUUAUCUUCCUCGUUUCGCAAAAGCCUGAGGCCAUGCAACGUCUCGAUUCUGUCAGCGAUGAUGAGUUAUUACAGUACAUUAAAAAUGAGCAGUUUGUUGUGGUAUUGUUCACUAAGAGAGACUGUGAGGAGUGUACCAAAUACGAAGCCGAACUCGUCAAUUUGAGGGAUGAUCUGGUGGAUAGUCUAUCUGCAUGGGUCCUCCAAAUCGACAACAGUCAAUUAUUAAAGCUGUACAGUCCUGCCAAGGAGCCUGCCUUAGUCUUCUUCAGGAAUGGAAUCCCAUUGCUUUAUGAUGGAAAAUUGAAUGAUGAGGAAAUAUUGGAAACAUUAGUGGGUAAUAAAGAGCCCAUAGUGAAGGAAUUAACUGACGAGACUUUCGAGCACUUAACGCAGGCGAGUAGUGGAGCUACGACUGGAGACUGGUUUGUCAUGUUCUAUAGCAACGACUGCAUCGACUGCCAGCGAAUGGGUGCAAGAUGGGAGUCAGUUGGUGCUAAACUGAAAAAUAGAGUUAAUGUUGCACGUGUCAAUAAACACACGACGGGAGCUUCCACAGCCAGACGGUUCAACGUUUUCAACGUUCCUGAAUUUAUUCUAUUCCGGCAGGGGAAAAUGUACCGUUAUCAGAUUCCAAAGUAUGAUAUCAGCGCAUUUGUCUCAUUUGCGAGGGAUUGGUACAAAAAUGCACAGUCUGAGAGGGUUCCAGUCCCACAGAGUCCAUUUGACGAUCUCACCCAAAUGAUCGCCAAUUUCCUUCGUGAAAAUCCCUGGAUCAUGAAGCUCGCCAGCAUCAUCAUGGGAGUGAUGAUAAUCGUAUCAGUUGCCUCUAAACUGAGGAAAAAGUCUGAAACUCCAGAGAAGAAGGAAAAAUGAAGAAUGAAAAAACACUAAUGAAACUUACCGAAAUCAUGUACAUAAAAUGUCGAUUCUAAUUAGUGAGAAAAGGGUAGAUGAUGUUUUUGUCUCUAUUUCUCAUUCACUAGAGGAUUCUUUCUCAUUCCAACUUUUGCAAUUUUGUAUCAGUAGAAAAUAUAUUCUUUGAGGUCUUAAGUGUGUCUUUACAUUCAACUGUGAAGUUAUUUCUGGGUGCAAUCGAUAUCUUCCGAGGAGUCCUCUGCAUAUUCGAUUCUGAUCUCUAUUGAUGAGGUCUUUACAUUAUUCUAUAGUUUUAAUUCAAACGAAUAAUCCAUUGAGUUCUUUAAAAAUCAUUUAUUCAUUAUAAACACAAAAUAAUUGUGAAAUAUAAUUACUAGUUUCCUCAGAUCUGGAAUGUUUCCAAACUAUUGGAAUUUAACACACGAUCAAGCACACAAAUUUAUCAAAAACUUUGUGCAAAAAUAAAUCAUUACAGUAAUUACAA